AUGCUGUCUAAGACCAUCUUCAUUCUUACCUCGGCUGCUGUACUGGUCAACGGCCAAUUUGACCCCAAAUCGGUUCCUUAUGCUACAAGAGGUCAGGCAAUGCUCUAUCGUCGGCCCCUUUAUACAAAAAGAGAACAUCAUACUGACAUAUCCCUCUACCCUCAGAGGCCUGGUGCGGCUCCCAAACAUCCGCCUGUCCCCUUCUCUGUUUACAGCUACCUGGUGCCUCCGGCACACCGACAACAAACACCUGCGAAGCUAUCCCAGGACGAUCUAAGCUACAACUGUCUGUGCAGCAACGGCGUUUCUCCCAACAGCACUGAGUUCUCCCAGACAAUCCCAUACUACACAUGCACCGAAACCAACAAUCAAUGUGUCGCUGACUGCGACGGUAACUUGGUUUGCCAAAAUAACUGCCGAGUGGAAAACCCGUGUGGAGCCCAGGCUCCCAAGCGUGUCAAUGUGACCACUACCACCACCGCCACCAAAGCUGCUACCGCAACUGCAACUGAAACUCCUGUCAAUACCCUUAUCAAUGGUGCUAAUAGUGCUGCUCCACGCUUGGCCUCUGUUGACAUGAACCAUGUCUAUGGGCUUUGUGUUUUGGUCGGUGGAUUUGUUGCAGGUUUUGCUACUCUCUUAUAG